AUAAAGGGUCUUGGAUAAAAGAUUUCAAAUACGGACCUACCAUUUUGAUUUUAUUUUUAUAAAGUGAUUCUACGUAGCUUCGUAUUAAUGUGUGUGUGUGUAUAUAUAUAUAAUGGAUCGAUGGAUCGGAGGAUCACUAUGAAUUUCAAACUUGUGUCCUUAGCAGUAUGUAGCUAGCAGAAACUAGCUGGUACCCUUCUUUAUUGUUUCACCAGCUCUCUUAGCAGUAAAGAGAGCUAGAAACCAUUGUAGAGUUCUCAAUAAAGUGUUUAUAUAUAUAUAUAUGCGUGACAUAUCACAUAUAUAUGGUUCUUAUAUACAUAUGUUUUUAGUAAGUAAAAUGGCAAUUGUGAAGAUUAAGAUACGAAGCUACGACGAGGAAAUUGACAGAGCUAGAGUGGAGGAUCUGGAGAGAAGAUGUGAGGUAGGGCCAGCAGAGCAUGUGUUUCUCUUCACAGAUACCAUGGGUGACCCCAUCUGUAGAAUCCGUAACAGUCCGAUGUACAACAUGCUGGUAGCCGAGUUGGACAAGGAGAUUGUUGGUGUCAUUCAAGGAUCUAUAAAGGUGGUCACAAUCCAUAAGCCCCCUAAGGAUCUAGCCAAGGUGGGAUACAUCUUAGGGCUAAGGGUCUCACCUCUUCACCGGCGAAAAGGGAUUGGUUCAAGGCUAGUGCACCAUUUGGUAGAAUGGUUCAUCACCAACCAAGCUGAUUAUGCUUACAUGGCCACCGAGAAAGACAAUGAAGCCUCGGUGAGGCUGUUCGUGGACAAGCUCGGGUUUGUCAAGUUCAGAAGUCCAUCAAUCCUGGUCCACCCUGUUAACAAUCGAUUGUAUCGUGUUUCGCCAAGCGUUGAGAUAUUGAAGCUAAAGAAAGAUGAAGCUGAACUUGUGUAUCGAAAAUUCAUGGGGUCAACCGACUUUUUCCCACAGGACAUAGAUAAAGUUCUAGGAAAUGAGGUGAGCUUGGGCACUUGGGUGGCCUAUCCACGAGGCGAGUCAUGGAGUCAAUUUGGGGUGGAGGGACGUUUUCCAACCAGUUGGGCCAUGGUGAGUGUUUGGAACAGUGGAGAACUAUUCAAGCUGAGGAUAGGGAAAGCACCGUUAUCUUGCUUUCUAUAUGCAAAGAGUUCUAGAUUGAUGGAAAGGAUAUUUCCUUGCUUCAAAGUGCCUGCGCUACCGGACUUUUUCCGCCCAUUUGGAUUCUACUUCAUGUAUGGUGUGCACCGGGAGGGCCCAUUAUCCGGCAAGCUGGUCCGGACGCUUUGCCAUUUCGUGCACAACAUGGCCAGAAAAAAGUGUAAGGACUGUAAGGUGAUUGUAACAGAAGUUGGAAGCUGUGACUCCCUCAAACUUCACAUCCCACAUUGGAAGUUACUGUCAUGCCCAGAGGAUUUGUGGUGCAUAAAAGACCUUAAGAAUAAUAAUCAUGAAGAGAAAAACCACCCACUUCGUGAAUUGGCAAAAAAACCAGCAACAAGAGCUCUUUUUGUUGACCCAAGAGAGGUAUGAACAAAAAUACUAUCAAAUUGCGAUCGAGGGAAAAGAAAAAGAAAAAAAAAAAGCAACCUCGAUCUUAUGUGAUGGGUUUGAUAAGUCCAUAUCCAUGUAUUAUUGUGGCUGCUGGGGGGUUCCUCUCUUGUUCCUUUCACAUGUGUGACCAGUACAAUAUCUCUUAAAGAUUUCCUCAAUUGGGUGCCCCCCAUGGUGUCUUUGUUAUAAUGUUGACAUCCAUGUAUGUUUUGCCUUGUGAGUUGGACUAAUCAAGCUUGGGUAAGUGGUCCAUCUUUGUCCCAUCUAUUUAAGGUUGGGAUUUGUACACCAGUCCCUCCGACCACCGUCGACACUCUUAACGUGUUUAUGUAAAAGCACUAAUAUCAACAAAUUCAUUAUUUGAAGUGAAAGACAUUUCAAAAUCUAUAAUUAGGCCGCCUUAUAUAUUUUUUUGCUGAAGUUUUAGUGCUGGAACAUUAAUUUUUGGUUAUCUUCUCUUCACUGCUUACAUUAUUGUCUAUGUGAUAGGGAAGAUGCCAACCUCGCUAUAUAGGUCACGUGGGAAUAAAAAUACAUAUAUGGUUGGCUAUUCAUAGCUAGGGUUUCAAGUGCUCUGUUGUAGUAGAGGUGGGUAUCAAUUAAUUU